AUGAUUCAGAAGAUUUUGAUUUGUAGACUUACGACAAUAAUUGUGAUUCUUCAACAUUUAUCAGCAACAGAGAAUUGCUUAAAAACUGGUAAAGCAACAUCAUGUUGUGCUGACUAUCAUGUUUUGGAUGGGAAGUGUGUUCCCUGUCCGUCCGGAACUUUUGGACCAGACUGUAACUACGUCUGUACAUACCCUGAUUACGGACGCCGAUGUUUGGACGGAAAAUGCCAAUGUCCAAAAGAAAUUUGUGAUCCAUCAGAAGGCUGCAAAAAAGAAUUAAUCAUUUCUAAAACUAAUACCAUCUCCAUUCUUACUUUAUCGUCAUCCUUACCAAACUCAACAUCUGAAUAUAAUGUACAAAAUAAUAAUAGGAAUUUAACACGCCAAGUAAAAGGAGUCUUAAUCAAGGAAAAUUCCAGUUCUACAGUUGUUGUGGCUGUUAUUUCAGCAAUCUGUGUUCUUGUUAUCGGGUUUCUUAUUGUUGUUCUGUUAGUCCAAUUAAAGGGAAAGAUUACGAUACGACUUGAGAAAAAGUCGUCAAGACGAAAAUCUAACGUUACAAGCCACAGACACGUAGAUACGUACUGCGAAAUAGAUGAUGAUAAGGUAAUAGACGAUGGAGGUAACGAUACGGAAGCUGAAGUCGAGGAGUAUGAAGUCAUCGAUCAUUCCAAAAAAGAUGCAACUAAGUACACAGCUCUUCCCUCUAGAACAAACAUCGCUAAACAUGGUAGUAAAACGAUGUCAAAUGUUUCAAUGCAGAAGAUACUGGAAAGCAGAAAAGAUGAUCGGAAAACCAGAAUGAGAGAUAGCAAAACACUGUCAAAAAUGCCAGUGCAGGAGUUAUCGGAUGACAAUGCGGAAGAUGACAAAAAAGUUGAGAUGAGAAUUGACAAAUCACACUUAAAAACUACACAAAAAAGGUUUGGUAAAACCUCAGGACAAGUUAGUGGUUAUAUUGAUAUGGAUAAGGGAACCAAAAAAGAAGACUACGUUUCCAUGUGCGCUGAAAAUGGUACUGGGAAUGAUUCACUGCAAGGAGAAAAUAUUAAAGAAUAAGGUGAAAACAUGUGAUGAACAAAUGCAGAC